AUGGCGUCGUCCGUAAACAACACCACUAGUUCUGACGGCAAUGCCAGUCCCGGCAGCACCGACGGCAGUAGUAGUAGUAGUCGCAGUAGUAUCGCCAGUUCCGGCUCUAGCAUUGCCAGCGUCGGCUCUGGGGAUUCCGUCUCCAGCACUUCGACGGCCGCUACCACGCCUGUGGAUGAGAGUCCCAUCUCGACUCCUCCGUUCGGCGCCGCUCCGUGUGCUGCUGCUACAGCCGCUGCCCUAAACGCUGACACCAAGGCCGAGAAAAUCCCGGCCCUCGCUCUCGAUGUCAACACCAAGAAAACCACCACAGCCAUCGACAAGAUCAAGACGUCUCCCGCCGCAGGGAACGCAAUCACCCACUCGCUAGUCCCUGCCCGCUGGAAAUCCGGCUCGGUGCGCACCAUCGGCAUGGCCGAGCACCGCGAAGCCGCCCUCACACUAGCCCACGCGUUUGCCGCGGAUGACUAUGCGCGGUAUCUCGUUGUGGGCGAUGGUGUUGCCCCUGGAAUUUCUGGCGGUGGCGGAGAUGGUCUUGCUGUUGAUGAUGAUAAAGAUGCUGCGAGCGUGGAUUCUUCUAGCGAGAAGAAGCGCGGUGUUAGAAGAGGAUUGAAGUCUGACGAAGAGCGCAAGUGGCGGCUGCACGUCGAUAUCCUCACCUACACCGUUGCGUCGCACUGCUUGGGCGGGCUGGUGACGGCCGUGGGACCGGAGUGUGAUAGCGUGGCGCUGUGGAUCCCCCCCGGCAAGCACCUCGACGGCUGGUGGACACAGCUGCGCAGCGGUCUAUGGCGCUUGCGCUUCCAGCUGUCCGCCGAGGGACGCCGGCGUUAUUUCGACGAGAUCCUGCCGCGUCUGCACGACAUCAAGCUGCAGGUGCUCGGCGACCGCGACAACGAGGCCUGGUACCUGCUCUACCUCGGCACCAAGCCCAACUCGCAGGGCCAUGGCUAUGCGGCAAGGCUGCUUCAGGAUAUGAUGGCGCGGGCCGACGCAGAAAACCGUCCGAUGUAUCUCGAGUCGAGCUCGCUGGCUAAUAACGUCUAUUACGCCAAAUUUGGCUUUGUCGUUCGUCGCGACGUCUUCCUGGAGCGCGGACCCAUGCCGGUGCAGCUGUCGAUUAUGGUUCGGGAGCCGGGCACUGGGCGUACCCGGAAGGAGGAUGCUGUCGUGCCCGAGACUGGCACGGGUCCGGUGGUGAAGAAGCGGCUGGGGGUCAUCAAGAGGUGGAUGAUGUGA